AUGAACACUAUGGAAGGGAAGGAAGAGACCGAAGAGGACUCGCCCGCUUCCAGUUCCAAUAAUAUCAAAGGAUACUAUUACUCAAAUAGUAAUGUGGUGGCACCUUCUGAGGAUGCCACUGUAGAGGAUAAGCAACGCCAGAAGACGUACGAUCCUCAUAAUGCUCCGCCACCGAAACCACCUCCAGCGAGGGAGUUUGAUAACAACUUCUCGUACGUUGUAUCUUUGCGUGGGCGCUGGGGACGGUUAGGACUAGUUUUUAAUAGCUAAAUAUUCAAAAAAUUGUUUAAAAAAAACUUAUCCAGUAUCUUCAAAAAUUAUCAUAUUUCAGAACUGUGACAGAAAACAAAGGCUGGGACAUAUUUCGAUUACUUCCUCCAAAACCAGAUCGAAUUGGACAUGGUGAGUUGAAAUAUACUUGAAAUACAUAUGAUUUAUCUAUUCCACAAUUAAGAGACUGUCCAAGCAAUUCCGAAACAUAUCUAGCUCCCGUGUUUUCCAAAAAUUUAUCCUCUGAAUUUCUUUUCGUGUUUUUGUACCUGACGGAAAGGGUUUGAAAAUGAAGAUUAUCAGUACGGAAAAGUACGGGCAUUUUGCAACCGAUCAAAGUGUUCAAGCUUGCUGAAUACCGUAAUCAAUCGAACUCAACUAGAGCUUCUGAAUUUCUAUACCAGUGCAUUCUUUCUUUCAAGCUUGGAGGGAUUAUUUCCAGACCCCCUCCUCCAAUCUGUUCCAGAACCCUGGAGAUUGAACUCCUUCUCCAAUAUCAUUUUCACUUUUGUCGUUUCGGUGCAGAGAAGGGAAACCAAAAACCUCUGUUGGCCUAAGACCCAAAAGCCACUUGUAAACUGGAGGUGGGGUCAGUCAGUCUAAAAGUGUCAAAUAGCCCCCCCGUUCUUCUCAUCCUCUCUUCAUUUGCUCCCUCUUCAUUGAACCGUCUCGUUCAUUCACAGUUUCGGUGCUCCUCUUCUUCUUGGCUCUUUUGUUUGCUCCGGACGGAGCAUGCGCCGUGCGGUCACCUAAUUGACCUAUCUCACGAGGGAAAAAAGGGAAAGAAGGAGAAAAAGAUGGGGAAGAGGGAGAGGAAGAAGAUAUUGUCUAUUUUAAGAAGCUGUGAAUGAGGGAUUCGUUUAAGUUAAAUUAUUUUAGGAUUUUGGCACGAUGCCAGUCUCCAGGUGCUCAAACUUGCCACUUUUCUCGUGCUCUUCUUGCUCACUCUCGGCUCUGCGGUUAUUGCGAAAUCCACAUUUAUUCUGAUGACGUCGGCAAUCGGAUGGGGCGGACAGACGAUCACCAUCUGUAAUCAAGUCAUCUCGGAAGCAGUCCACAACACUGUUAAGCUGAAGAACGCGCACGUGGUAAAAUGGGUUUGGGCUACGCUUUUGGCCCUCUCCGCUCCAGAAGCGCUGUGUUUUGUGAGGUACGGAUUCGGUAAAAGUUGAAAAUUAUGGCUAAUUUUUAUUUAUUUAGGUCAAUGCACCGAACAAUGUUUCGAAAUGUUAAGCGCCCCACAUUCAUCCAAUUCGUCUUCGUUCUCAUCAUCGAGUCACUUCACAGCAUCGGGGUUGGAAUUCUCGUCUUCCGAAUUUUCCCCGACCUGGAUGCAGUCACUGCCGUCCAACUGACGAAUGCUAUGUGCUUCGUGCCGGCCGUACUGUCGCUGAUCAGCAGAAGACCCAGCAAAGUGUCUCUGAUCCUCGUCAUCAUUGACAUUGCGGCGAUUGCAGCACAGAGCAGUGGAUUCUGGGCUUAUCCGGUGAGUAAAAGCUGCUGCUUUUAUUUUAUACAAAGCUUUUUUCAGAUGUUCAUGCCGAAUCUUCAAAAGCAUUCAAUCGCCAUUCCGGUCUCUCUGUCCUUGAUUUCCUUGGCUUGGUGGCAGAACUUUGUGCAUCGUGACUCGAUUUUCCCUCCGGUCCGAACGCUGGCCAAGUUCGCGCAACGACUAUCCGAACGACGCUCGAAGACCUACGCAUUCGUCUCGCUCUGGAAAAUCUGCAUCUACGUCGUCUGUUGUUUUCUGUUUGUCUCAAGCCGCAUGAAGAUUGAAGAUAUGCUCCAGAAGGAUCCGUUCGGAGAGAAGCUACUUUCGGUUGCCGGUCUCGACAUGAAUCAGACUCAGAUUGAAAAGUUCCAAACCAGAAUCAACGCGAUGAUUGAGAUGGCUAACCGAGAGGCUGGGUACUAUUCGGCUCAACAGGCUAAAGCGAAACCAAAAAAACAACCAAAAGCGGAAGAAGCAGAACAGGUGGACGCGGGAGAGUACAUGAGAAGAGCUAAGCGCUUCAUUGGGGAUAAUGCUGCAGAAGACGAGGAGGAGCCUGAAGAGGAAGAGUUCUCAAGCUACAAUGUAAGUUUUUAAGAUCAUUUUUUCAAUAAGACUAUGAAACCAAUUGAAGAUCUACUCAAACUACGUCGAGCGGAACCAAUUGACAAUGGCCUACGACGCACUUUGGCUUGUGAUCAUACAGUUCGGAGCUGUAUUUGUGUGCUACCACAGCUCGAAAUUUGCCUGCAAAGUUAUGAUGCAACGGAUGGGAUUCGCUCUUCCGAUGGCUCUUUCCGUCCCAGCCACAGUGCUUUUGCUCUCAACCACUUGCAAAAUGAGGACUAAGGAUCCGUGCCAUCUCACCAAUGUUCUCACUGUGGUAAGAAUUCAUUCUCGGUGAUUCACGUAGACGUUUACUUUUUAGGAGCUUUUCUGGCAGUGCAACGGAACUUACACUAGUUUCGCCGACUUCCUUCUGAGCCCUCAAACGUGGAUCUGGUUGUGCUGGCUGGCUUCUCAGUUCUGGAUCACCAUCCAUUUGUGGAAUCCGAAACACGAAAGAUUGGCAAAGAGUGAAAAGCUGUUCAUUCUUCCCUACUACAUCGGUGCAUUCGUUGACCAAUCCUUGGCGUUCAACCGACGACGCGACGAUAAAGCGAAAAUCAAGGCGGAAGAUUUGGAGUUUGACUUGGAAGACUCUUCGCUGACUUACGAGACAAUCCCGGGACUGCAAGCGAAAACACCGCCAUCCGUGUGCUCGGCGAGCAGUAGUAAACUGGAGCACGGGAUGAUUCGAGACAGCGCUUCUUCCGCAGACGCCAUCACAAAGAUUUACGCUUGUGCGACCAUGUGGCAUGAGACGAGCCAUGAGAUGACGUGUAUGCUGAAGAGUCUGUUCAGAAUGGAUGAAGAUCAGUGCGCACGUAGGAAUGCUCAGAAGUAUUUGAAAGUCAUUGACCCAGACUACUACGAGUUUGAAGCUCACAUUUUCUUCGAUGACGCCUACGAUAUCAACGAAUACGGAGAGCCUGAAAUCAACAAGUUCGUCAAACAAAUUGUGAAUGUGAUUGAUCAAGCCGCUUCGGCAGUUCAUCAAACUCAGAUGAGACUGAAGCCUCCCAAGAAAGCCAAAACUCCGUACGGUGGAAAGUUGACAUACAUCAUGCCGGGAAAGAACAAGCUGUACAUUCAUCUCAAGGACAAUCAGAAGAUUCGACAUAGAAAGCGAUGGAGCCAAGUAAUGUAUCUCUACUAUUUGCUGGGAUACAGACUAAUGAUGAAGGUUGAUGACCCAUCCAGAAAGGAGAUUAUCUCGGAGAAUACCUUCAUUCUGACGCUCGAUGGCGAUGUGGACUUCACCCCGCAAUCCGUAUACCUUCUCGUCGAUCUCAUGAAGAAAAACAGAAGACUCGGAGCCGCGUGUGGAAGAAUUCACCCAAGAGGAGACGGAGCAAUGGUCUGGUACCAGAAAUUCGAGUAUGCAAUUGGACAUUGGCUGCAAAAGGCGACGGAACACAUGAUCGGAUGUGUCAUGUGCUCUCCGGGAUGUUUCUCCUUGUUCCGUGCCUACGCUUUGAUGGAUGACAAUGUGGCCAGAAGAUACGCUCUCAAAUCUGAAGAACCGAAGCACUUCAUCCAGUACGAUCAGGGAGAAGACCGUUGGUUGUGUACCUUGCUUUUGCAACGCGGAUAUCGUGUGGAGUACUGUGCGGCUUCUGAUGCUCAGACGUUCGCUCCAGAAGGCUUCAACGAAUUCUUCAAUCAACGUCGUCGCUGGAUUCCAUCAACCAUCUUUAAUAUAAUGGACUUGCUGAGGGAUUACAAGAAUGUAGUGAAUGUCAACGAAUCCAUCUCAAUUUGGUAUAUCAUUUACCAACUUGUGAUGCUCAUCUCCUCCAUCCUGGGACCUGGAACUAUCUUUGUGAUGAUUGUCGGAGCUAUCAGUAUCUCUUUCACUAUUGACACGAUGGUUUCUCUGGUGAUUGUGGCCAUUCCGGUCUUGAUCUUCAUUGUCGUUUGCAUCACUGCCAAGCCGGAGCACCAACUGAUCUGCGCUCAAACCAUCGGAGCUAUAUUUGCAAUGCUCAUGACAGCAGUGAUCGUGGGAACUUCCUUGCAGCUCCAGAAGGACGGUCUCCUCUCCCCUCACUCCAUGUUCACAGUGGCCGUGGCGACUUCCUUCCUGACUGCCGCAAUCCUUCAUCCUCUGGAGUUUACGUGCAUCAUUCCCGGAACCAUAUACUUUUUGGCCAUCCCGUGUAUGUACAUGCUUUUGCCUAUCUACAGUGUUUGCAACAUGCAUACGGUGGCAUGGGGAACUCGCGAGGAUCCACGACCUACCGAGAAAAAUGCGUUAACGAAGAAGCCGGUGAACGUGGAAUCGGGACUCAGAGACGAUCUGUCAUCUGGCUGUAGCAGGUUCUUGUGCUGCGGAAAGAACACCGUGGACCCGAUGAGUGUGGUGAUCAACGAGAAGCUGAACGAGGUGAUCAAGAAGGUGGACAGAAUCGAGCGAAAGCAACAUCCAACACUAGCUCGACGUGCAUCCAUUCUCUCGAGCACCGGUGGAACUAUUCAAAUCGACAAGUGCUCCGAGGCAGAUGAAGAUGAACAGGCUGAAAUUGAAGACGCUCUUGAAAUGUCGAAUCAAUCUCAUGCUGCCAAGAAGAAUCAAAAAUGGAAGCAGGCGCAAUCAGAAGCUUGGCUUGCCGAUAAAGCACUGAAACGAGCGGAAAGAGAGUUCUUGGAGCCAGAAGAAGAAUCCUUCUGGAACGAUGUAAUUGAAAAGUACCUGUCGCCACUGGUCAUGGACGGAAAGGACAUGGACCGUCUUCGUGCCGGUCUGAUUGCCAUCAGAAACUCGCACACCGUCUACUUCCUCAUGAUCAACGUGGUUUUCAUCAUUUCGGUGCUUGUGCUCCAAAUGCAUAAGGACUGCCUGAACAUUGAGUGGCCAUUCGGACCAAAGUUCAACCACACCAUCCGUCCGUGCUAUGAUGACAGUAAAGAAGAGGUUUGGGUGAUGACGCGGCUUCAACUCGAACCCAUUGGAUUGGUCUUCUUGGUGUUCUUCGUCAGUAUUUUGGUCAUCCAGUUCCUGGCCAUGUUGUGUCAUCGUUUCGGAACGCUUGCUCACAUCAUAGCCUCCACCGAGCUAUUCUGCUUCAGAAAAACCAUGGAUCGUUUGAGCGAAGUGAGCUUCAAGAAUAUCUUAAAGAUUCUACAAUAUCCGUUUUUUCCAGGAUGAAUUGGUGGCUCAGAACGCCGUGGAAAUAGCAAGAGAAUUACAAGCGAUACGGGGAAUCGAUGAGAACGCCCAUCCAAUUGAUAUGGUAUUUUUGAAGCGCUUUUCAAUUGAAUCUAUUGAGUUUUUCAGCCAACUGAAGACCGUGGAAUCUCCAGAAGAAGAGUUGUGCAGAAUCUGGAGUCUUCCAGAAGAUCAAUGAUGAAACGGAAGACAGAGACGUUGGAUGCUGCGUUCAAGAAACGGUUCGUCCUAAUAAAUUGAGACUAUGAGAACAGGUAAUUGCAGAUUCUUUGCGUUGUCCAGCGAGCAAGCUCCAGAUCCAGCUGGAUUCUCCGCCAGAGACAAUUCGAAGAGGUUAACGCUAAGGAAGGGAACGAUCCGAGCACUAGAACAUAGAAGAGAUUCUUUGUUUGGAACUUUAGAUAAUAGAAAGGUAAAUUAGAACUUCAAAAGUUUUCUUGAAUGCAUAUUAUCAACAAAUUUUCAGGAAGAUGAAGUCGACGCAACAGGAGCAUCAAUGCGAGGGCCUGCACAGCGAAGGCUCGAAAGACUGUUCACGGCGCAACAAGAUCAGCACAGUCCGAAUGAUGGAAACCGUCGGAAGUCAAGCUCCAGGCCCUGGGAGCAGCCGUCGGGAUCCGGAACGUCUGCCGCGAACGCAAACAGCGGAGAUGUCGAGCUCCGUAGAUUUUGAUUUUAAUUCUACUUCUAAUUUCUGAUUUAUCACCCAUUCCAUUCCAGAAUUUCUUCAGACUUCUAAUAAUUCAUACUCACCGAUUAAUUUAUUUUUUUAUUCCAUCAAGUUAUGUACAAUGUUUACACCUUCUAAUUUAUUUUUGUCCCCAUCUCCUUCUGCUACAAUUCUUUGUGCGUGUGUUGUUUCUCAAAAUCUUUCGCUGCCGACCCAUUGUCUUUCUGUGCUUUGCAAUACAAUAUUUUCUGUCAAUUCGUCCAAUGUUUCAGUGAAAGAUCAGGUUUAUUUUCUCAGCACUUCUGGGUGCAAACACGAAAACAAUAUUGAAUUGGCGUCACACUACGCAAAUUGAAUUCCAGGAUUGGCAUUUAUAUAGAAAAACCGCCAGCGUCGCCCUACUCAUAUCCAAUUGACGGGGAGUAAAAAUGAGAGGUUGACUUUCUCGAAUUCCUCUCAUUUUUGGCUCCUUUUUUAGCACUUUAUCUUUGGAGCCGAUAUAAUGUAUUAUGAAGACUUUUUCUAUUCUGUCAAUGUCAGUGACGAUGUGGUGUGGCCUGCAACAGAGAUGUGGGACAAGUUUCCGAUUUGGCAGACUCUUUUCUAUAUGUCCCUCAAUAUUCAUUACGUUCUUGUUCUGAUUACUGUCCGAAGGUUUAUGAAAGGCAGCUCGUUCUUCUUUAUAUAUUUUGUCACAGGUAAGCGGUGUGUGAACUUGUACGAGUCACGGGCAGAGUUGUAUGGCUAUAAUGAGGUAAAUGUCUACGUGCCGAAGCCUAAUUGAAAAACGGCUACAUACAUCACUUUGAAAUUUAAUUUAAGUUUAAACUGUUCCAGGAUGCUUCGACCUCUACUACUGCUACACCCUCACCACCUACAACAUUUUCAAGAACACCAUCAGUGGCCCCGCCUACAUUUGGCUCUCCCAACUAAACAGUACAUCCCUGUUCUUCGGCCUCUUCAAUAAUCUCUUCGGAAAUGGAAUGAUGGCCAUCAACCGUUUCUGUGCCACUUUUCUCUCGUAUGAACGGUACUGGCGUCCCCGGCACAUUCUAUUCUACUUCUCGUGCACCGCCACAACUUCCCUUCUCUGCUGCAUUCCCUACAUCCUGAGACAUCGCUCAUAUUACGUUAACAGCGGAAAAUGGGCGUAUACAAAUGUCCAACUCACUCUGGUUCUACAAAGAUCCAUUGCGAUUGCGGUGAUUGCGAGCUAUGAAAUUAUUGGGAUCACUAUGAGUAUCCUUACUGUUUACAGGCUGAAAAUAUAUAAGAUGAGCAGCAAAAAGAAUGAAAAGGUUGGAUUCAAAACUGUUUUUGAUACAUCUUAUUUAUAUUUAGAAUUUGAUAUUCGUAACUUCUCUUCAUAUCCUUCUUGAUAUCGUUGCCAUGGUCAUCAUGAUCGCAGAAUUUCUAGCAUGGCAAUUUCCGUUAGCUCUUUUUGCAGUUAGCAACGUAAGAAAGCACCCAUUUUCUGAUACUUUUUCCAAAAAAAUUUUAUUUUUCAGGUAUUCCCAGUAACGUACACUGUGGUAAUCCUGAACAGUGUCACUAUAGUUCUCACAAAUCAACGGGUUCGCAACGAGUACUUCAUGACGGUCAUGUUCUGGAAGAAGCGAGUGGAGGACAAGAAUAGCUCCACCCGAGCACCAACAUCAGUGGUUCCAGUGCCGAGCAUGGUAAAAGUUCAGGCUUAG